CUAUCGGAAAAUAUUAUUAAAUAUGGCGGCCAUUAGAGUUUAGUGUGAAUGUUUUUUCAAUUUCAAGGCAAUUUUUAGUCUACUGAACGCAAUGAUAUUCAAUCAAAUAGUGUUUGGAGAGUGACUAAAGUGCAAGAGAUUCCUGAGAGACAUCAAAGUGAUCCAUUUUGCUGUGUCUACCGUUCAAUAUUCAUCAAAAUAAAACAAUCACUAUUCGCUUCUUGUGGAGCAGGAUUUUCUCGUGGGAUCCCCGGCGGACGUCCCUGGUGUGUGAAAUGUUUUUGCAUGUCAUGAAGAUUGUAGUGUUAGCGACAAGAGAGGAUAUAUUUUAUGCGAAUAGUGAGCAAAAGACAUAAGAAUUGAGCCAUAAGUGGAUAGAGUUUGGACACAGUUUGUUGUCUUGCUCUCUGCGCAGGGUGAAAAUUUCCUUAGCGGGAAAUUUUGUUGUUAGAGGAGUAGUGUGUGUAUAUGAAAAAAAACACAUUUUCCCGUGUGCAAUUUGAUUUAGGAUUAGCUUUUUGGGUGGUGUAGGGCAAGAUUGAGGAGAGUGCUGAAAAUACAAUGUCUGCCACACUCCAUAUUCCAUCCACAGCGGGUGGAAUUGUGGUGGACAGUGGCCAGGCUAUUGGUGGCAGUGGUCAGAGUGAAACUGCAGCUGGUGGCGGUGGCGGUGGUGCAGGGGAGACGGGUGAAAGUGGUGAUGGGGGAAAUUUGGCGGGAAGUGUUAUAAAUUUGGCAACAAAUGAGAUUUUGGCAACACCACAGAUUAUUAAGUUAGUGAGUCAAGAUGAGGGUACAGUGGAACAGCAAUCAGGUGGAAGUCAGAGUGGUUCGAAGGUGCAUGUUAUUAGUAAUGUGACAUUGGUGUCAAAAGCCCAAACAACACCACAUACCAUCAAUUUUGUCAAUACAACGAGCAAAUCAAUCAAUUCCAGUGCAAAUAGUGGAUAUAUUAAUGCUUUUGUAUCCAAAAGUAUUCCACCAAGUGGCAAGAUUGUCAAUCUUGUGAAUCCCAUUAAGAGCUCCGGUGGGAAUCAAUCAAUGGUGACACAGAAAUCGGCACCAAUUGUCCAGAAAGUGGCUGUACCGAGAAAUGUUCAGGUGUUGACGCGAGUUCAGACACUUACACAUGCUACACUCGGUGGGAAUAUUAUAAUGUCGAGAUUGGCCACGACACAGCCACAGCAAUAUCAAACGUCUCCCAAGACAACAACAGUCAAAGCAUCAGGGUACAAUAGUAUUCCGGCAAAAGGACAAAAAAUUGUCAGUGGUAGUCCGCAGGUUUUUCAGCAGGGUAUGAAAAUUUAUGCGGGAAAUGUUGGUGGUCAGAAAAUAUCUCCACAGGGAAUAAAAGCUGUGUCAAAAGCCGUUCCAGGACUCAAAGGUUCUGCCCCGGGUCAGGUGACCAGUAAAAUGGUGAAACAGGUGUAUAACAGUGUAAAUAGUUCAGCACCAAAUCUCACCACAAUUACCCAACAGUAUCCAUCGACAACAAUACCAAAAUCCACAGGAAUUCACAUUCAGUCAUCAUUGAAUAAUUCAGGAGUUCCAGUAAAGUUCAACAGUAUCGCCAGUGGUCAGCAAAUUGGGGCAGUUUCUCAGGCUACUAGAACCCUGUCUGGGGUGAGUAAUCUUGUGAUUCAGGGGAGCAAUCAGAAGAUGGUGAAAACCAAUAAAGUCAUUCAAGUGCAUCACAAUUCGAGUAUGCAACAGCAAACGGGACAAAUUCCAGGAAAUCAGAUAAAAAUGGUACAAAAUACCAGUGUUCCCUUCAAUAUUAUACAGAGUGGAACAAUAAAGUAUGUCAAUGCUCAAGGAAAUGUUACUCAGCCACCAACAACAAAAACCAGACAAAAUUCUGGAACAUUCAAUUCAGCUAAUACCUUUGGGAAUAGUGAUUCCGGACAGAUACAAAAUCCCACAGAUUCCACAACAUCUGAUGAUAUGAUGUAUGUCAAUGGGAUGUCAAUGGAUGAGGAGAUUUCAGCGAGAAUACUUCAGAGUUUAUCUCAGAAGGCUGUCUACAACAACAACAGAUACGUUCAACAGCAGAAAUACUUGAUCUCAUCGGCAAAUGUGACAAAUCCCGUGGAAACGGGUCCAAUCAUCCAACAACAGUUCCCAAUAACUCAGUAUCAAACACAAACGCAGGAAGUUAAACAUGGUCCAGAAUACUUCCGUGUGAACACUUCGGAUUUGCAAACAACCACUACGACAUUCAUCGACAAUAUUCCUCUGGUGGCAACAAAUGAGGAAUACUAUCAGAGAGAUCAGAAUUACGAUCAGGAUGAUUAUACGGAUGGUGAGGAGCAAAUUACAGCAAAGGACACGAAGUUGAUUAUGCAGCAUCCGGCGCUACAAGAUCACACUUAUGCUGCACCAAUGCCGGAAGGAAUGGCCACUCAAGAGCCUGCUCCGGUUGAGAAUUACCAAAAUACCAGUGCAAAUUCAACAGAGACAAGUCUAGCCCAUAUUCUUAUGGGGUAUUCAUGCAAUCAACAAAGACAAGACGAUGACAACAAUUCAGUGAUAAGCAAUGAUUCGCGAAGUGGUAAAAAUGCCCUGGAAAAUGAUUUGGGCGAGGAGACAGAGACAGCACCCGAGGGUGAGGGUGAGGAUGAUUCUGUAACGAGGUGCAUUUGUGAUUUGACACAUGAUGAUGGCUACAUGAUUUGCUGCGAUAAAUGUUCAGCCUGGCAACAUGUUGAUUGUAUGGGCAUUGAUAGGCAAAACAUCCCCGAUGAGUACAAUUGUGAAGUGUGUCAGCCCAGACCAGUGGAUAGAAAUCGGGCUAGAUCACUGCAAUUGGUCAAACGGAAGGAGCAGCAGGCACUGAUGUUGCUCAAUACGCUGCCACAGCAGACAAUUGCUGUGGAAAGUGGACAGAUUGUAGGAGGACCAGUGAUGGAGCAGCAGAGAAAUUUGCCGCUGAAUAAUUUGUCACCAACUACCAAGAAACAGAAGAAUUUGGGCAGGAAGAAGGGUGAGGGAUUUGUAGGCAGCAAAAGGCAGAAGAGGGAGAGUGGAAGCAGAGCAAAUGGAAAACGCAAGGAAACCAAGAAGACGACAAAGAGGAAGAGCAAGCAACAAACAGAAAAUGGGAAGGAGGAAAAAAGCGUCAUGGGCAACUUGAGAACGUGGAUUGAGAAUUAUGAGUUAGCCGUGACAAAUCACUAUAGUCCGGAAUUGCGGGCUCGUUUGCAAGCACUGGGAAAACAGCAGAGUCAGCAGCAGCUGAACAGUCACAGUGGUAAUUUGAAGAAUGUGGGAAAUUUGGAUGGAAAGUGUGGAACUGUUCCACAUGCUGGUGGAAAAAUUCUCAUCAGUAGCCUGGAAAUAACACCAAAUACACCCAUUGUUGAGAUCAGGGGAAAAUAUAUGCUGUCUGGACAGUACAAACAACAAUUGAUAUCAUCCAGCAAUCGGAUUAAUCGAAAUCCUGGUCCAUUUAUCUUUUUCUAUCGAUUACCAAAUGAUGGUCCAGAAAUUUGUGUAGAUACCCGAACUUAUGGGAAUGAUGCGAGAUUUGUUAGGAGAUCCUGUAGGCCAAAUGCUGAAGUUGUGCAUUUUAUUGAAAAGGGCACAAUACAUUUGUAUAUUGUGUCAAUGUUGAAUAUUAAGGAGAGUACGGAGAUAACUAUAAGGCAUGAACCACAUGAUCUUGCUGGUGUACUUCAGGGAAGUGUUGCAGCACCAAGUUCAACUGUUUGUGCUUGUGGUUUAACUAAGGAUUGUAUGUUUCCCAAUUCUGGUGCUCCACCACUUCCACAGCCAGCUGGAGGGGGUGGAGGUGGAGGAGGAGGAGGUGGUACGAAGAAUUCUGGGAAACGUGUCAAUGGGAAUUAUCAUGCAAAACAGCCGAAACGUAGUAAAAGUUUCAGUCGAAAUCGUUCAACUUCGUCAUCUGGGGAGAGCAAUGUGGGACUUUUGUCGCCCAAUGGACAAGUUUUUCUGCCCAAUCAAAUUUCAACUACGGCUCUAGCACCGCCAAGUAUACAGCCUCAACUUCUGGAAGCUGCUGCAGCGGCACUUUCUUCACCUCAGGCGAGUCUUCCACCAACUGUGACCCAGAUGAUCAAUCAGUAUCCUCAAUCACCAACGAGGAAUCAUCUAAAUCUGUCGACGGCUUCAUCGGCGACAACUAUGAGUAUUCCGGGAACGCCAACUUUGCUGUCUCCGAAUGUUGAUAGUGUGAUUAAGGAGGGGAAUACUGCGGUAGCGUUGUCACCAAUUCAGCCACCGAGUGCUCCAGAAUCGCCAAUUAAAGCGCCUCCGCAGGUUGUUCCAGUUAAUCCGCCGGCUACUCCGGUGCCAGUUGCUCCUGCGAUACCUCCACCGAUUGUUCCCAAACCAGCUGCUAGUACAACGUCUAAGAGGCAGACUAAGCAAAAGAAUCCUCCAGUGCCAGUUGCUGAGGAAGCAAAGGACGAGGAACCGAAGAAAGUUGCAGUUAAGGCAGAAGAGAAACCUGUGCAGCAGCCAAAGGAGACAACAACAGAAGCUAGAAAAUUGACAAGAGAAGAACGAAAGAUGGAGGCAAUAAUGAAGGCAUUUGAGAAGAUGGAGAAGACAUCGCAGAGGAAACAGGAGUUGAAACAGCAGAAAACGGGAAAUUCGGCAGGAGGAGGAAGUUCCGGUGGACCAGUUUCACGGAGACGUAACAGCUAUUCACCUUUUGGAGCUGCACAGAAAGCUCAGAAGGAUGAAGAGGACAAGAAGGCGCUGAAUAAUCAUCAACGGAAGAAGAAGCGCAAAGGCAGUAAAUCCUAUCAACAAGCCAAUAGUCAGAGAAAGAGGCGAAGGAGUCGUAUGAAUUCCAAUGACUCCGACAAUGCUACUUCGGAAGAAUCUAGCGCUAUGCUAUCACCACCACUUCCGGGAGCUGCUCUGUAUCGAAAUAGUGAACCAGUGAAGCCACAAGGAUUGGAUGACAAUGCAGCUGGGAUGCUUCUAGCUCUGGCUGGUGCUCCGGGGGGCACGACGACGUCAGAUGACGCCGUGCCAGCGCUUUCUGAGCCCGAAGUCACUGGGAAUUUCCACAAUAGCGCUCUGAGUAGUGUUUGUAUGCUCGUGGAAGCCGCUGUGGCACCGUUGGAGAAUCAAUGUGCCGAGAAUGACUUCAAAUUGCCCCACAAGACCAAGACUAAAAAGACAAUUAUGAAUGAGUGGCUCAAUCAAACGGAUACGACUACAGGAUAUCCGGGAAGUGAGUUAUUUGGAGGUGGCGGAGGCGCUGGAGCUACGAGUCCGGGAAAGAAUCUCGAGACUCUUGUCCAGGCGGCCGUUUCUAUACACGGCACUCAGCACUAUCGAUGUCGGAUGCAGGAAGAACCUCAGAAUCUCAGUAUGAUGGCUAAGAAAGUUGAGGAAUUCAUCUCAACGGCACAAUCAAUUGCUGAGGCACCCGUGGCGCCAGACGAUGACGAUCUGGUGGGUAGAAAUUGUGGUCAAAAUGAAGAAGUUGUUCUACAAAUUCCACCACCACUUCCAACACCACCAACAGCCGGAGGUAGUGAGAGUGCAGUAAAGAAGCGUUGGCUGAGGCAGGCCAUCUCAGAGGAGUGUCUCGAUGAGAUGGUUCCCUCGCCGCCAAAUGGCUUUAUGACUCCGCUGAAGAAGCGAAGACUGGCCAGGCAGUGUUCAGACAUGGUUGAAGAUUUGUCUCCAACUCAAGCUAGCUUUUUUCCCAUGACACCUCAACCAGAAGAUUCCGGAAAGGAUUUCCCAGAGCCAGUUGCAGAAGUUGAGGUGAAAGUGGAAAAAGUCAAAGAGGAACAAACUGAAAUUUCCAAUGAAAUUUCAGAAGUUCCACAAGUUCCACAAGUGAAAACUGAAGAGAUUCCCAAGGAAGAAGAAGAAGAGGAUGCAGAGAAGAUCGAAGUUAAAAUUGAGGAUCCCGAAAAGGUUCCCAAAGAAGAAAUUGAACCCGAAUCUUUCGAUAUUGAACCACUGAAUCCGGAAAAAAAUGAAGAUAAUCCCUCCAAGGAAGUUGAUGGAAAUCUUGGGGAUAUUGAAGAUGCAAAUAGUGAUGAAAUAGCUGAUCUUCAGAAGAAAAUUCAUUCAUUUCAUGCAGAAAAUAUUCUGAUCCUGAAAUCAAGGAAUAGAAAGGCAAAACUCAGGGUGGAAGCUGAAGAAGAGAAGAAGCCACCGCCAAAAAUCAAGAAGAAACGUUUUAGUUCAGAUUGUGAGGAAACAGCUAAAAGAAUCCUUGCGAGAUCUUCUUCAAAAUCACCGCCGAAAAUUGAGCCAAAAGUGGAAAAGAGUCCAGAACCAGAAGGAAUUCCAGCUCCAUCGGUUCUGGAAUUUCCGGCCAAUUUUAAUUCAAGUAUUCCACCACCGCCGCCAACUUCAGCGUCAACAUAUUCGUCGUAUUUGCUCAAUAAUGCCACAAAUCUUAUGGCAAAUGUCCCACCGUCGAAUCCUCUCUGCAUUCCACCCAUCUUUAGUACCUUUCCACCUCCGCAGAGUAUGUCUGUGCCACCACCUCCAUUGGCUGAUUACAUGGACAAGCCAACGACAUUUAGGGAUAUUUUUGCGCCAACAGCUGCAGCAGGAGUACCACCUAGACCGGGAUACUUUGCCACAUUGAACACUCCACAACCCGUUCCGCCGCCAGCUGUUCCUCCCGUAACACCGCCUACUGGAUUCCUACCGAAGGCUUCCUUUACGACCCUGGACACCAAUCCAGCACCAGCUGUAGUUGCACCAACUCCCAGGAUCUACACGAGGACAGCUAGUGCUGAUCCUCGAUUAAAUCCCAACAUUAACGUCCCUGAACCACCGCCAGCUCCCAAGAGAAAGCUCUCCAUUACGGAGUACAGAAAAAGGAAGCAGCAAUCGACAGACUCUGCUCCGGCUGACCUCAAGGCUUGUCCACUGACGCCCGAAGGGGACGCUGGAAAGGAGCAGGAUGGUGACUUUUUACCUAAAAAUGCUGAUACGUGCAAUCUGUCCGACUCAAAAGAUGAUAGCAGUAGCAGUGCUAGUGCUACCAAAACACCUUCAACACCUGAAGAAAAUGUUCCAUUCAGUCCAACGCCGACAUUGCUUGAAUUGCAACAGGAAUCGCUGUCGGAACGUUUGAAAUCCUACAAAAGUCUUCAGGAACUGUCAACAACACUUCCAGCACGGGAGUAUUUCAAUAAGGGAACAUUUGAGGAAAAUCCAAGUGUUUCAAGUACAACAUGCGAUUCCGUGACAUCUUCCACGGUGGUUGCAAUAGCCUCAACGGAUUCAAGUAAUUGUGGUGAGGAUAAGAUAGAGACACCAGAAGGUGAUGAUGUACAAGAAAUUACGACAACUUGCGAUGGUGAGACGGGAGAGGAGAAAAAGCAGGAGGAAGUACCAUGAAGAUAGUACAAAAAAAAAUUAAUAAACAAACUAAACAAAGAGAAUUAAGUGAAGAUGAGAGAAAUGAUGAAAGCAAGUGCCAUAGGCGCAAAGAUUUUUGUUGAAGGGGGAUGUGUGGGAAAGAAGAAUGAAAAGAAGAAAAUGUUCUUGAAAAUUUGAUACACAUGACAUGCACAUUUUUUCUUGUAGAUAUUUUUAGGACUUUGAGAUUGCUGUUCACACAAUUUUUGAACUUUAAGAAUCUUCAAUGGAAGAUUAUCUUUAAUUGCUUUUUAUUGCUCAAUUUAGAUGGAGCACCAGGAGAAGAGCGAAUGAAAUUUAGAAAGUUGAGAGGAUAAUUAGAUGAUGUGUGUAGUGAUGAAGAAAAUAUGGAAGUAAUGUACAGAUAUUAAACUAUUAACAGAAUGAUGAAUGAAUUAGUGUAAAAAUGUUCUUUUUUUUACCCUCUUAAUUUUAUCCUCAAGGAUUUUUUUUUUCUGCAUUGGAAGUCAAGAGAAAAUAUAAAUGAUAUUUCUAAGUAAAAAAAAAAAUAUAUCUAUAUAAAUAAGAAUAGAAGAAAAACUUGUAAAUAGAAGACGUGAAUGAAAGGGGAAAGUGGAAAUUCUUCAUAAGAAUUGCAAGAAAAGAUAUAUAAAAUGGGAAAAAUGUGAAUUUUUGUACAUAGUUUAUAAAUAACUAGGAUUAUGAUUUGUACUAUUAGGUUUGUAUAAAUUUUAAUUGUCUUUCUUCU